AUGCUAUCUAAAAUCAGCGAGCAUGGACCUGGUUUCGAUUAUUUCUUGAACACUCACUGUCAAGACUGGGAUGCACUUCAAUACCAUGAAGCGUGGAAAGAUGGUAAUUUGGGUCUGGAUAAGGCAGUUCUACCCAUGGAACUACAUCUUCGCAUGGUUACGAACUACGUCUCCGCUAUUCGUGAAGCCAGGUUUUCAUAUGAUUACGGACCACAUCUUUGCUGUUGGCUACAGCUACCCAUGGAAUUACGUCUUCACAUGGUUAUGGACUACGUUUCCGCUGUAGCCAGCCUGUGA